AGUUUCAAACUAGGUGGGUGCGGCUUAAAGUUAAAAUGGCCUGCUUAACCACAUUCUGAAAAUUCCAUGUGAAAGUGAAACCGUAUAUAUGACCAGAUCUCCUUUUCACAACCCAACAUACCAAAAAUCUCUCUUUUUCUUUCCUUAUUCAGCUAACCAAAGAAAGAACAAAAUGUGACCAAGCAAAAAAUUUCAAACAUUUUCACAUCUUAAAACUCACCCAUUGCUCAUUCCUUAACACCUUGACACCCUCUAGUUCACACAGCCUCACUUCUGUUCACAGCCAUGGCAGGAAGAUUCAAUCUUUUCUUCUGGGUUUUCCUUGUUCUUCUCUCAAACCCAGCAAAAUCUCAGCUUGAUGAGCUAUUCUUCAAUGGGUUCAAAGGCAUAGGUGUGGCCAGCAACUUGAGCUUAAAUGGUGUUGCACAGAUUCAAGGCAAUGGUAUACUUCAGCUAACAAACGAAACUCAGAGACAACUAGGCCAUGCCUUUUACUCAAAUCCAAUUCAAUUCAAGAACUCCACGGAUGGCAAAGCUUUUUCCUUUUCAACUGCCUUUGCUUUCGCUAUGGUCCCUGAGUAUGCUAAGCUUGGUGGCCAUGGCCUCGCUUUCACAAUCUCUCCCACCAAAGAGAUGCCCGGGGCUCUACCAAGUCAGUAUCUUGGUCUUGUCAACAGCACCGAUAAUGGCAACAUCACCAACCACAUAUUUGCGGUCGAGUUUGAUACUGUCCAAGACUUCGAGUUCGCGGACAUCAAUGACAACCAUGUUGGCAUCGAUAUCAAUAGCUUAGUAUCAAACAAAUCAGCCGCUGCAGCUUAUUUUGAUGGUACUAAUAGUUCAGGUCAAGUUCUUGAUUUGAAGAGUGGUCAGGUAAUUCAGGCUUGGAUAGAAUAUGAUUCACAACGUAAUCAAUUAGAUGUGAGGCUUUCACCUUCAUCUAAUAAACCAAGGUCUACACUUUUGUCUGUUCAAGUGGACCUUUCACCAGUUCUUCAAGAAUCUAUGUAUGUUGGUUUUUCUUCUUCAACUGGUAAGCUCUCUAGCUCUCACUAUAUCAUGGGGUGGAGCUUUAAGAUGAAUAGAGAUGCCAAAUCUUUGUAUUUGGAUCAACUCCCUUCACUACCAUCAGGGUCUAACGUGAACAAUCACACAGGCCUAAUUGUUGGUGUUUCUGUUUCAGCUACUUUGGUUAUAAUUUUGGCGAUUGGUUCGGCUUUUUACCUCAUAAGGAAAAUAAAGAACGCUGAUGCGAUUGAGGCCUGGGAGCUUGAUAUUGGUCCACACAGAUUUACUUACAAGGAGCUUAAGAAAGCAACAAGGGGUUUUAGAGACAAGGAGCUAAUUGGGUUUGGUGGGUUUGGUCGAGUCUAUAAAGGGACACUGCCAAAUUCGAACACCCAAGUUGCAGUUAAGCGAAUUUCGCACGAAUCAAAGCAGGGUUUGCAAGAAUUUAUAUCUGAGAUUGCUACUAUUGGUCGGCUUCGACAUAGAAAUUUGGUUCAAUUAUUAGGAUGGUGUCGGCGAAGAGCGGAUUUGUUACUUGUUUAUGACUUUAUGCCUAAUGGAAGCUUGGACAAGUACAUCUUUAAUGAGCCUAAAGCAAUUCUGAGCUGGGAGCAGAGGUUUAAUAUUGUCAAAGGUGUGGCUGCAGGGCUUUUAUAUUUACAUGAAGAGUGGGAACAAACUGUGAUUCACAGGGACAUCAAGGCAGGGAAUGUUUUAUUAGAUUCUGAUCUAAAUGCAAGGCUUAGUGACUUUGGUCUUGCUAAACUAUACGAGCGUGGCACCAAUCCAAGCACUACGAGAGUUGUGGGCACGUUGGGUUAUCUAGCCCCCGAGCUCACACGCACAGGCAAGCCUACAGAAAGCACAGAUGUGUUUGCAUUUGGUGCCUUGGUCCUAGAAGCAGUAUGUGGUAGAAGACCCAUUGAGCCUAAAGCAUUGCCCGAGGAGCUAAUGUUGGUGGACUGGGUGUGGGAGAAGUGGAUACUUGGAGCAAUUCUUGAAGUUGUGGAUUCAAGGUUAGGGGGUGAGUUUGAUGAGCUUGAGGCUGUUGUGUUGCUCAAACUAGGCUUGAUGUGUUCAAACAAUGCACCCAAGGCGCGCCCACCAAUGAGGCAAGUAGUGAGGUACUUAGAUGGAGAGGUACCACUGCCUGAGACUCUGUUAGCACCAGAUGCAUAUGAUGGAAAAAAGGGUGGUGGUGUUGGUGGUAGUGAGUUCGAGGAUUAUGUAAAUUCCUAUAUGACAUCAUCGAAUUAUGAGAAGGUGACCACCUGGUCCUCUGUUGGAGAUGAUAGGGAUCCUGAUAUUGAAGCUGGUUCAGCCUCACCUUUACAUUAUACUAGGUAGCCAUGAAAUAAUUUUUGGUUUUUUUUUUUUUUUUUGGAUUUUCAAUUCUAAUGUAUGAUUGUGUUAGUUAUGUUAGUAAAAUUUUUCUUCA